AUGUCCGGAAAGCUCGAUAAGCCCCUUGACGAUAUCGUCUCUGCCCGCCGCAAGAGCGCUGGCAGUCGCCGCUCUCAACGUGGUGCUGCUGGCCGCCCCACUGCUGGUAUCCAGAAGGCAAAGCCUACCGCUCGUAACAUCGCCGGCAAGCCUGCCCAGGGUAAGGCCACUGGCCCCCAAGGAGAGAGCAAGGUCAUUGUCAGCAACCUGCCCAAAGAUGUCUCGGAGCAGCAGAUCAAGGAAUACUUUGUCCAGUCUGUCGGCCCCAUCAAGCGCGUCGAACUUUCCUACGGUCCCAACUCUCAGAGCCGUGGUAUUGCCAACGUGAUCUUCCACAAGCCUGAUGGCGCUAGCAGGGCCUUUCAGAAGCUGAAUGGUCUCCUCGUUGACGGUCGCCCUAUCAAGAUUGAGAUUGUUGUUGGCGCCGCCCAGGCUGACAAGGUCAUCCCCCGUGUCAAAACGCUCGCCGAGCGCUCUUCUCAGCCCAAGGCUCAGCCAAGGUCUGCUGCUGCUGGAAAGCAGAUCAACAAUGCUGGGAAGGAUGGUGCGAAGGGCAAGGCCGGCAAGGGCCGUCGCGGCCGUGACGCUCGCCCCGCCAAGAAGACUGCGACGGAGCUUGACGCCGACAUGGACAACUACAUGGCUGACUCGUCUACCAACACCGCCGCUGCUGCUCCUGCCGCUGCCCCAGCCGCUAAUGGCGACUCGGCAAUGGCAGAUGAGAUCAGUGUAAGUUCGCAGUUGGUGCAGAUAAGUUAUGAUUCUAAUGUGAGACUAGUAAACGACGAGAAAUGA